AUCCGCCAACCUCAGCCUCCCAGAGUGCUGGGAUAACAGGCAUGAGCCACCGCCGGCCCUUGUCGCUGUUUUUGCUGACCCGAGCUCUUUCGGCCUGGGGCCCGUCCAGCUCUCUGAUGGUUUCCCGUAGACUUCUUACUCACAUUCACCCCCAGCCCUCCCUGGCCAUAAACCACAUCCCUCUUUGAUUUACUGCAGGCGUUUCCCAUCUUCUUGGUAAUGCCCCUGACAACCCUUAAUCAGGAGAAUUGCUCCCUCUGCUUUUCCCCCUCACCAAGCCCCCGGCUCCCUCUCCCCCCACCCCCACGGAAAGUCCCCGCUGUUUCUUCUCCACCCCCGCCCACUUCAAGGUGCUGCCCCACACCCAGCCCUGAGCACUAAGGUGGUUCUCAAGGCAGGGAUGGGUGAAGCCUGAGCUCUUCCACCUGCUGGGUGGCCACUCACAGAACCCCUCCCCCAGGGCCCCUGCGGCCACAGCUCCUGGCAUUUCCAAAGGAGCUGCUUCCUGUACUACCUGGUCCUAAAACACCGUGACAUCCCCAUUUGACAGCUGCAGACAGGAGCCACAGAGGGGAGGGCGGGCUCACAGCCCACGUCCUGACCCCUGGGCCAUGGCUGUCAGUCCUACUGCUGCUACACCCUUUUGACAGAGGGGGAGACUGAGGCUCUGAGUGGCAAGUGAAGGGGGAAGUGGAACCAUGGGAGGCCCCAUAGGACAUGGCAUCACCUGAUGGAGAGGGACCUGGAGGGGAAAAUUGGCCUGGCCCAGGGACUGUAGCCCCUCUGUCCCCAGGCCGCAGGAAUCAAGGCAGCAUGGGGGAGGGUAGAAACAACGGCUCCGGUGAUCAGGGACAGGGGCGGCCGAGGGGCAUUCCCCACUGUCGACACAGUUACCUGAGCAUCUAUUUCUGGCCUCCAAACCACCCCAGAACUAUCUGGGGCAAAAGGAAGAAGAGACUGAGCGACUUCCUCGACCCCCUUUCUCCAACCUCAGCUAGACUGAGUAUCUCACUCUGUGACUCCAGAAAACCAGUUUCAUUUCCCUUGGCCAAUUUCCCAAAAGGAGGGGUGGGCGGGGCUCUGCCAGUUGAAGGGGAGAGAAAGGGCCACAGCAGAGGCAGUGGAGGGCGGAGGAGAGGAUCGCGCGGUGCUGCUGUCACCAAGAGCUGGAGGUAGCGACACAGCCAGUGGUCGGGGCACAGAGAGAGGACCCACAGAAAUAGGGACUGAGAAGCAGUCAGGCGGGGAGGCGCCAUCUCCCACCGACAGUCAUGGCCCCGCUGGUCCUGCGCCUCCUCGUCCUCGUCCUCAUCCUCCUCAGCCUGGCAGCCUCCCAGGACUGGAAGACCGAACGCAGCCAGGACCCCUUCGAGAAAUGCAUGCACGAUCCUGACUACGAGCAGCUGCUCAAGGUGGUGACCCUGGGCCUCGAUCGGACCCUCAAGCCCCAGAGGGUGAUUGUGGUUGGCGCUGGCGUGGCUGGGCUGGUGGCCGCCAAGGUGCUCAGCGAUGCCGGACACAAGGUCACCAUCCUAGAGGCAGAUAACAGGAUUGGGGGCCGAAUCUUCACCUACCGGGACCGGAACACAGGCUGGAUUGGGGAGCUGGGAGCCAUGCGCAUGCCCAGCUCCCACAGGAUCCUCCAUAGGCUCUGCCAGGUCCUGGGGCUCAACCUCACCAAGUUCACCCAGUACGACGAGAACACGUGGACGGAGGUGCACGAGGUGAAGCUGCGCAACUACAUGGUGGAGAAGCUGCCUGAGCAGCUGGGCUACGCCCUGCGGCCCCAGGAAAAGGGCCACUCGCCUGAAGACAUCUACCAGAUGGCUCUCAACCAGGCCCUCAAAGACCUGAAGAUGCUGGGCUGCAGAAAGGCAAUGAAGAAGUUUGAAAGGCACACGCUCUUGGAAUACCUCCUCGGGGAGGGGAACCUGAGCCGGCCGGCCGUGCAGCUUCUGGGAGACGUGAUGUCCGAGGAUGGCUUUUUCUAUCUCAGCUUUGCGGAGGCCCUCCGGGCCCACAGCUGCCUCAGCGACAGGCUCCAGUACAGCCGCAUCGUGGGUGGCUGGGACCUGCUGCCACGCGCGUUGCUGAGCUCGCUGUUGGAGCCUGUGCUGUUGAACGCGCCCGUCGUGGCGAUAACCCAGGGGCCGCAUGAUGUGCAAGUGCAGAUCAAGAACUUUCCCCGGGCGCGGAAUCUGAAGGCGCUGAAGGCCGACGUGGUGCUGCUGACCGCGAGCGGGCCGGCGGUGCAGCGCAUCACCUUCUCGCCGCCGCUUCCCCGCCACAUGCAGGAGGCGCUGCGGGGACUGCACUACGUGCCGGCCACCAAGGUGUUCUUGAGCUUCCGCAGGCCCUUCUGGCGCGAGGAGGACAUCGAGGGCGGCCACUCGAACACAGACCGCCCGUCGCGCAUGAUUUUCUACCCGCCGCCGCGCGAGGGCGCGCUGCUGCUGGCCUCGUACACGUGGUCGGACGCGGCCGCGGCUUUCGCCGGCCUGAGCCAGGAAGAGGCGCUGCGCGUGGCGCUGGAAGACGUGGCGGCGCUGCACGGGCCGUUCGUGCGCCAGCUCUGGGACGGCACCGGCGUCGUCAAGCGCUGGGCCGAGGACCCGCACAGCCAGGGUGGCUUCGUGGUGCAGCCGCCGGCGCUCUGGCAAACCGAAAAGGACUACGGGCCGUACGACUGGUCUGUCCCUUACGGCCGCAUCUACUUCGCCGGCGAGCACACCGCCUACCCGCACGGCUGGGUGGAGACGGCGGUCAAGUCGGCGCUGCGAGCCGCCAUCAAAAUCAACAGCCGGGAGGAGCCUGCAUUCGAGACGGCCAGCGCAGAGGGGCAGAGGCAGAGGCAGGGGCAUGCGCAUGGGGUGGCGGGCAGCCCCUCGUAUGACCUGGCAGAGGAAGAGGGCAGCCACCCUCCAGUCCAAGGCCAGUUACCUCUCCAGCACACUACCUACACGAGGACCUGGCAUUAAAGUAUUUUCGGAAAAA